UGAACUCAGUACAGUUUCGUUUUGUUUCUGAGCACAGACGACCCAUGCCAAGGAGACAAAGCUCUGGGAAGCCCUGUCCGAUCCCGAGAGAAAAGAACGGCAUCCGUGGGUUCCGACAUUGUUGCAUGGAGACGGGCAUUUGCCUUCUACCGCUCGCGCCUCCGAUCCGGUACAAUAGGUCAUCCUCGUGGGACGCAACGUAAAGCUGUCCAUGCGAACACGAAGAACAGCGCGCGACUGCACCCAAGGAGUUCAUGUGUGUAUAUAAACCGCAAUACCAGUGCGAUGCUUGUUCUCCACUCCUCUCCCUCUCAAGUGUUCAGUUCACCCUUCCGGCUCGAGCAGUGCUCCGACCCUAGUCUUCCUCUCGUUGAUCGUUUUUCUGCUUGCAUAGCUCGACGCUCCCUUCUAGGCCCAGACGCGAUCUAGCCUUCCACUAGCACUAUUCAACUUCACGAUGGUUCAGCUCACUUCAGCUUUCCUUCUCUCCUUCUCUGCCCUCGUCAUGCACGCACAGGGCGCGCCUCUCCUCAACAAGCGCAUCGCGCAAGUCAUUGCUGACUCGACCUCUCUCUGGGAGAAUGCUUGUCUCGCGGCUGGUGGUGCCGAACAAUGCAAUCCCCUCUCAGUGACGGCGUUCACCACGCUGCUCGCUGCCGCUGGUCCCUGUGACCAACAGGACUCAGCGGACGCGAUGAUCGACCUUGCGAAGACGCUCGAUAACGACGCGGACAUGAUCAAGCUCACUCAGGUCUUCGUUCAGCAACCGCGCAAUACGCCGAACUCGCAGGCAGUCCCAUAUUGCCAGAAGGAUCCCAAGAAUUCGGAGCUCAACGGCCUCUUCCAGUGCCAGUACAAGGGCGCGGACCAGCAGACGUUCGUCGGUGGCGUCGCGCUCGGCUCAGCGGGCACCAUUCCCUUCGGCCUCUCCGCGCCGCUCUCCCCCCUUGGUUCCUGCCCCGCGAAUCCCACUGGGCCCAUUGCUGACGGCAGCCAACUCACCAGUAUCACUCAGGAUCCUGGUCUUCAAAACAUCCCCAGCAGCUCCGGCUCCGCCUCGAACUCUGGGAGCUCGGCAUCUCCUGUUGCAUCGUCCACGAAGGCCGCAACUACCAGCGCUGAAGCUGCUACGAGCACUGCGGCUGCCGCGUCCAGCACUGAAGCCGCCGCCACGACUACCUCCGCCGCCGCGUCCGCCACAUCCAGCGCGUCCUCAUCCUCGUCAUCUUCAGACUUCCAGCUCCAAAACGCCCUCGACGCACAGAAGCUGAACGCACAGUUCGUAACGCUCUCCGCGGAUUCGACGUGUAACGAGGGCGACCAGGCGUGCAUCGACGGCGGUUUCGCGAUGUGCGUGGGGGGCAAAUUCAUCAACAUGGGCUGCGCGGCGACUACGCAGUGCUUCGCGCUCCCGCUCGUCAACAAGCCUGGGACGUCGCUCGCGUGCACGACCCAGGACGACGCCGCGGCGCGUAUCGCAGCUCCUGGAGCGACGGGCGGUAUUACUGGCAGCGACUGAGUGUUGCUCCCGCCUGCUCGAAAAGGAGAACGCGCGCGGCCGCGCGCACGCCGGAGGUUGGUUGAUGAAUCGUGGUUUGCGGAGAUCGCGAGCGUGAGCUUCGAGAGCCACGAUGCGUCCUCCGGUAUCUUCUCUCUUUCUGUUCUUGUAUCUGGAGAUCGCAGGUAGUACGUUGUCACUGUAUCGUUAGCUUUAUUUGGUUCUGCUCCAACACCAACGUGCGUACUUACAAUUGCGUAAUCAGCAUCCUUUC